GCUUCUCCUCACCAGUCCCUUGUGACCAGCAUUCUACUCUUUAAUAUUCUGAGUCCAAGUUUUGGGAUAUUUUGUUUUUUUUAAUACCACAUAUAAAUGAGGCCAUGUGUUACUUUUUUUUUUUCUGUGUCUGGUUUAUUUCACUUAACGUAAUGUCCUCCAGGUUCAUCCACGAUUUUGCAAAUGACAGCACUUCUGUCUUUUCGAAGAAUUACAAUACUACUCCACUGUGUGGAUCUACACCCAACACUCAAGCUACACCAUGCAUGCUCUAAUUGACUCCGUAUUUGUAUGUUGUGGACACACUGCAAUGAACUGAGAAUGCAGAUUCUCCUCAACACGUGAGAUCAACACACCGAUUUCAUUUCUUCUCCGCAUACACCCAGAAGUGGCAUUUGUUAAUGCGUCCGUCGUGUUAGCAGUCGGUGACUUUCAGAAUCCUGCCCUCCAACAAGAACAUGGACUCUCAGACAAAGGGACACCAUCCUGGUCCCUUUGGUGUCUAGGCCAAAUGAAAUCCCUGCUUUCCAAUCCUUUUUACUCACAGCCUGUGCGUAGUGUGACGUGUAGAGAAACCGAUGAGUUACUGCCCUUGCUAGAAGCACCAGAAGCCAGAGGAAAGAAUUUUGAGGUCACUAGUUGAGGCCUCCAGUUUGUCCUUCCAGUGUGACUAGUCACCAGGGCUGUGGUGCCGAGAGAGGAGUGAGGUGGAGGACCGGAACAGCAGCUCGAGUUGCUAGAAUGGAUGAGAAGUUCAGCGUUUUACUAAGCAGAGUGACCGCCAGGGGAUGUGUUUGAUCUGCUGUGGUGGUGGGCAGUCAGGAGUCCGCCUCCUGCUUUUCUGGCUUGAGAAAUGGCAUGUAACAUACCCGACCAAAGACAGCGGACUAUGUCAACAACGGGAAACGCUCUGUAUGAAGUUCUUGGUCUGCAUAAGGGAGCUUCAUGUGAAGAAAUUAAGAAAAGCUACAGAAAAUUAGCCCUGCGAUACCAUCCAGACAAGAAUCCAGAUGACCCGUCUGCUGCUGAGAAGUUUAAAGAAAUCAACAAUGCCCAUGCAGUCCUCACCGACCCAACCAAAAGAAACAUAUAUGACAAGUAUGGAUCGCUGGGGCUCUAUGUGGCUGAGCAAUUUGGAGACGAAAACGUUAACACAUACUUCAUGCUGUCAAGUUGGUGGGCAAAGACCCUGUUCAUCAUCAUCGGCCUCUUGACAGGCUGCUAUUUCUGCUGCUGCCUUUGCUGCUGCUGCAACUGUUGCUGUGGACACUGUCGGCCAAAGUCAUCGACACCAGAAGAGGACUUCUACGUGUCACCAGAGGACCUCGAAGAACAAAUCAUGACGGACAUGGAAGGAGAUACGGACAUUCCAGUUGUUCUCCAGCCCACAAAUGCAAAUGAGAAGACACAGCUAAUCAGAGAAGGAUCUCGAAGUUACUGCACAGACUCUUGAUGUUGGGCCCACAGAGGGUUCGCAGCUCCUCCUCUUGGUCUGGCCCUGUCUCUGGGUGGUCGUGGGGGAAUGG